AUGCAACAACUGCGAAUAUUUCUAAUAAUUCUUAGUUUAAUAUUAACGAAUGUCAUCUAUGGACAAGUGGAUCCACAGUUGUGUCCAAAUGGACCUAUUACUAAACCUGAUCCUAAUUGGCGACCUAUUCCAUAUCGAUUUGAAAUUAUGACUGAACUGAUCUCAGGUAAUGAGAUGAUGGAACUUUCACAAGCAUUUUCAAAUAUUCGAGAUGCUAUAAUGAUAAAUUCAAGAGUUGGACCACUACAAUUCUAUUGGAAUUUUGGUACUAAUGAACAAUUUGAGGUUCUAACUGCCAUUGUUAAUCAACAACUGAUACCAACAUGUCUUCGACAAGUCAUUGGACCUACAUCAGAAACCAGUGUUAUGCAACCAAAUACACUUUUUUUGAAACCAUCAGUUUUACUUGGUUAUGAUCAUCGUAAUGAAAUAAAUCUAUCUUGGGGUAAUCAAUACAUGGGCAAUGAAAUUAUACGUAGUGUUCCUACAAAUAAAUUCAAAUCAUGUUUUUAUGUAUCUGAUAUUAGAGCAACUGUAUCUGCAACAUAUUAUAUAUCUGAUGCAACAAAAUUUCAAGCUAAUUUACCAGCAAAUGCAAGUAUGAUAUUAAAAAUAGAUGUUCAAAUUAAAGCUCAAAAUGGUCGUCAAGAGACAUAUACAUACAAUGUAUUUCGUUAUACACCAAAUCCUAGCCGUCAAGAAGAACGUCAAGCAUUAGAAACUCCAGCUGGUGUAUAUUGUCCAAAUCGAACAUCGACAUUACUUGUACCAUCAAAUAUUCCUGAACGUGUUAGUUCAAAUUCAGAAGUUCUUAUACCACAAGCAAACGCAUCAAUUUUUAGUACACAUGGUCUAUAUGAUACUGAAUUUCAAUUCAGUCGUUUUGAUCUUUGGUUUCCUGAUAAUUUUGGUAGACCACAAUUGCAUCAUUACACUGAAAUACAUGAUUUUGGAGUUGGUCUCAGCUAUCAAUAUAAUCAUUCAACACGUCACUGUACUGUUCGUGAUAUAAAUGCAGGUUUUAAUGAUGUUGUAACAGUAGAUGGACACCCAAAUCUAGUACAAAUGGGUUCUCCACAACAUUUAUUUUUAAUGGAUGAUAUGACAUAUCAAUUUACCGGUGAAAAACCAUGUCGUGAUCGUGUUUGGUGUUAUGUAUGGAUUGGUGAAAAUUAUUUACCAAAUGGUACAGUUCAACAUCGAGAAUGGUAUUGGUCAUCAACAAUUAAUGGUGACCCUGUACAACAAUCAACUCCAAUGAAAAUGGUUUUGAAAUCUUAUGUCAAUUCUGUUCUUAUAUAUUCAUUUGAAAUAGCCUUUUUCAACUUUCGUCGCAAUCCAAAUACAGCCUUCGAGAUUGAUUACACGAUGGCUGAAUGCUAUCGAGCCAUGGGUCCCGAAGAAAAAUUCAAUCUCGGUGUCAUCUCAUUUACUAUAGCAAAUGAUAAAGAAUAUCCAGUACAUAAAAACAUAGAUUAUUUACGAUAUACAAUUGGACAAACAUUGACAAAUGUUCUUCAAGUGCGAUCCAUUCGAAUUUCUAACAUUCUUGUCGAUCACGAUGGCAAAGAUCUUCCUGUGACAUUUACACUAUUAGAUUCACCACCUCGCCUAGGACCAGUAGAAUUCCCCUUACAAGAACCAUCACUCACUACAGCUAUCGAACGUCUUCGUACGGUGAUAGAUGCUAAUGGUCUGUUAUUUCGGGCAAAAUAUAAUACUACAGAAAUUACUUUACGGGCACGAAUCCGUUCACUUCAAGUCAUCCAUACGAGUUUGGAUCAAAACACUACUCAAUGUAUUAAUAAAACUCUUGGUCAAGGUCAAAAUCCUAAUGAAUGUCCACCAACAACAACUGUACAAAAUCAAGAUCUUAAUCAAAACAUUGAGAUAGUAUAUAAGAGUUCGGGCCCAUUAAUCACUGGUUUUUGGAUUGGAUUCAUCAUAUUAGGUGUCUUGAUUGGUACAGUCGGUAGUUUUUUUGUUUUGAAACGUUUCUUCGGACGAUGA